CAGGCCUGGCCCAGCGGCACCCAGCAGAUCCUGCUGCCUCCAGCCUGGCAGCAGCUCACCCACACCUCAGUCCAGCAUGCCACUGUCAUCCCCGACUCCAUGAGCAGCACACAGCCUCUCGCCAACUGGAGGAGUUCCCACCCUCAUGGCAGCCAUUAUAAUCCCAUCAUGCAGCAGCCAGCCUUGUUGGCUGGACACGUCACACUCCCAUCCAACCAGACGCUUAAUGUGGGAGUGGCACAUGUUAUGAGGCAGCACUCGAUCAAUAACAACUCCUCUUCCAAAAAGAACAAACAGCACCAUAUGACUGCCAGGAACAUGUCAGCCUAUGAGGUGUCGUCCUCGCAGGCGGUGCUGUCCCCGCAGCGCUCAAAGAGGGUGAAGGAGAACACGCCCCCGCGUUGUGCCGUGCUGCAGAACGGCUCGGCCUCCAACAACUGUCCGCCCCCACAGCCAUGUGGCGGGAGCGGGUGGGGUGCUGGCGAAGCAGAGCAGGCCUCCAGCACCACCCGCGACCAUCAGCACCAUCACCACGUCCCCAGACAGACCAUCAUCAUCCCCGACACGCCCAGCCCCGCAGUCAGCAUCAUCACCAUCAGCAGCGACACGGAUGAGGAAGAUGACCACAAACAAAACAAACGCUCAUCCUCAAAGCAAAGGAAGAAUGUCAUCAGCUGCGUGACGGUCCAUGAUUCGCCCGACUCUGACUGCUCCAGCAACAGCCCCUACACUGUGCAGUCCAGAGCCCCCAACAACAACAGCUACGACACAAAGACCACCAUACUGGACAACUACAACAACGGGAACCCCCGCACCAUCAUCAUCCCCCCUCUCAAGACCCAGAACAGCGAGGUCCCGAAUGAAUGUGAGCGCCUGAUGACAGAUGCAAUGAACCAUCAUAAUUCAGCUUACAAGUUCAAAUCCUCCAAUAUGGUGUCUGGCAAUAAUCACGUACCAGGUGGCGUCACUGGAGGCGGGUCCUACCGACAGCAGCGCUCAGGGCCACACCCCCUCCAGCAGCAGCCCCUCAAUCUCAGCCAGGCCCAGCAGCACAUGGUAGCAGAGCGAAACGGAGGUCAUCGGCGCCAACAGGCCUACAUCACCCCCACCAUCGCCACUCAGGCCCCGUACUCCUUCCAUCACAACAGCCCCUCUCACACGGGGAACGUCCACCCGCACUUGGCUGCCGCACACCUGCCUAGCCAGCCCCACCUCUACGCCUACACAGCCCCCGCUGCUCUGGGCUCCACCGGCACAGUGGCCCACCUGGUGGCGUCGCAAGGCACGGCGCGCCACGCGGUCCAGCACGGAAGCUACCCGCCCAGCAUCGUCCACCAGGUCCCAGUCAGCAUGGGCCACCGUGUGCUGCCCUCGCCCACCCUGCACCACAGUCAGUACCAGGCCCAGUUUGCCCACCAGGCCUACAUCAGCGCCUCGCCCGCCUCCACUGUCUACACUGGAUACCCGCUGAGCCCCACCAAGGUCAACCAGUACCCUUACCUCUAGAGAAGACACUGACUGACACUGGAGAGCCUGACCCAGCACUGCUGCUUCCCCUCGAACCCGCCCGCACCCCUUCGACACCCUAAACAUCCUCUCCUCAACCUCAGACAUAAACAGGGACAGAGGAACAUGCAAUCCUCACCAAACUUCACAUAUAACUUGAAGAUGUAACGAGAGAGAAAAACAAAAAAAGAUUCACAGCCUCUCUGGAAAGGAAAGAUGGGGGAUGGAUUUUUGAGGGGGAAUGUUUUCUUUCACUCUUUGUUUUCUUCUUCCUGAAAGGGCCAGUUUUGUUUUGUUUUUUGCUUUUAUUUCCCUAUUCCUCGCUUGAUUUUAUGAGGAAAGUAACGUCUCAUUAGUUUCACAGGGAGGUUCGAACCAUGCCUUUUGGGACAGCGUAGAUUUUCUGGUUUGAUUUCUUUUAUUUUUCCCUCUUCAUUUUGGGAAGUGACUGUUGAACAGGGGUUACUGACUGGAAGUUUGGAAUCCCAAGAGAUUUUGGGAGAAGGUGAAAUACGGAAACCUGCUGCUCUUCAAAGAAAAUAAAUAUUGAUGGCCUUGAACUGUCUUAAUAUUUCCAAAUCAUUCAUGGCGUGGGGAGUAAAGAGAAGAGAGGCAUCUUCCCCCACUCCACCUUCUCCGGUCGAGGAGGCUUCUGGAAAUAUAACCAACAGAAGACAACAAACUU